AUGGUAUUUAACGUUAAUACAGUGAGAGACAGUGUUGUGAGUACAGCAACAGCAGCAGUGUUGCCUGUGUUGCGCCUCCUGCUCAUCACUGUGUUCCCUGAAGCUGGACCAGGAAAUUUUGAGUUGAAUGGACCUCUUGCUUCCCAGUACGACUUUAUAAUAGUGGGUGGAGGGUCAGCAGGAUGCACACUGGCAGGGAGGUUAUCAGAAGUACCUGGGUGGAGAAUAUUAUUACUGGAGGCUGGGGGACCCCCACCCUUGGAGACCUACGUACCGGCCUUUCUACCCAUCUCUUACAUCCCUGGGUACAGUGAGGACUGGGGCUACAGAACCGUACCCCAGAAGUUUUCCUCUCAGAAUUUUGCUAAUCGGCAAGUGAAACUACCACAAGGCCGGGUGUUGGGUGGCGGAUCCACGGUCAACAGUUUGAUGUAUGUAAGAGGUAACAGGAGGGACUAUGACAGGUGGGCAGCAUUGGGUAACCCAGGCUGGGACUACCUCAGCGUUCUCCCAUACUUCAUCAAACAAGAGGACUUCCGAGGGGAAGUUGGGGAAACGGCGGCGUUCCAUGGACGUGGCGGACCUAUUGGAGUAACCCCUGGGCCCCUGACUCCCCUCACACGAGCUUUUAUACAGGGUGGCAAGGAGCUUGGUUACCCUGUUAUUGACUACAAUGGCCCAGAGCAAUUAGGAUUUGCUUCAACAUCAUUCUCAAUUAAAGAUGGAGUCAGAUCUUCAACAGCCAGGGAGUAUUUAAUACCUUCAAACACAAGACCCAAUCUUCAUGUCCUUCAUAGUGCCACUGUUCACAGGGUCGUCUUCCACAACAAAAGAGCUGUGGGGGUCAAGUUUGAGCACAAAGGAAAGCUGUUUACGGUGAGAGCGCUGCGUGAGGUCAUAAUGUCUGCUGGGCCGGUAGCAUCACCUAAGUUACUCAUGUUGUCAGGGGUCGGACCCAAGGAACAUCUCCAGCAGCAUAAUUUAAAGGUUGUGGCCAACUCACCAGGUGUCGGCCAGAAUGUACACGAUCAUGUUGAAGCCUUUGGCCUCAGUUGGGUGGCAGUAAAAGGCACAUCUUCACUGGAUAUAUUGAACACGUUCAAUCCCGUGUCUCUCAAGGAGUACCAGUUAACCAGACAAGGGCCUCUGUCUACAGCACCUCUGAAUUUCCUUAAUUCUUGGAUCAAGGUGUCGGAGGAAGGUGAUCCAUUAUGGCCAGACAUUCAGCUGUUUUUCAAUGAUGCCACUGCAGCCUUUGACAAGGGUGCCUUUAACCCUGCUUUAUUUGGAUUAGAUAAACAGAUAAACAGGGUGCGUGGGGUGAGUAGACUACGUGUGGUGGAUGCCUCUAUCAUGCCUUUCGUCACCUCAGGUAAUACUAAUGCUCCCACUAUUAUGAUUGCUGAGAAGGCCAGUGACAUGAUCAAGCAAGAGUGGAAGAUUGCGGAAAAGUUCCAUACAUAA